ACAAUAUAUACAAGGACACAAAACUAUCCUCACUCUCUAUAUACUCUAAUCUCAAUAUGGCUUACCUACCAAAUUUCAUUUUUCUAGCUUCCAUUUUCCUUUUCAACAUCAUAAACAUACCUUUCCUCACAAACUCUCUUUCUUCAUGCAACGGAGCUUGCAACAAUCUCAACGAUUGCGCUGGUCAACUCGUUUGCAUCAAUAGAAAAUGCAAUGAUGAUCCCAAUGUUGGGACACAUAUGAGCGUUAGAACGACACCAUCACUACCAAGUGGUGGUGGCGGUUAUUGUCAAUCUUCUGGGACCUUACAAUGUAAAGAAAAAUCAUACCCUCAAUAUAGAUGCUCUCCACGAGUUUCAUCUUCGACACAAGCCUUACUCACUUUGAACGAUUUUAGCGAAGGUGGGGACGGAGGAAGUCCGUCGAAGUGUGAUGAUAGUUACCAUAACAACGGUGAAAGAGUAGUGGUGUUAUCCACUGGGUGGUACAACAAAGGUUCAAGAUGUGAAAAAAUUAUACGAAUUACGGCAAAGAAUAAAAAUAGUGUUACAGCAAAAGUGGUUGACGAGUGUGACUGUCAACCACCUUGCCGUAAUAACAUUGUGGAUGGAUCCGUAGCCGUGUGGAAUGCAUUGGGGCUGGAUACAAAUGUGGGUGUAGAGCAAAUUACUUGGUCUAUGGCUUGA